GUGGAUAAUAAGUACCCAUUCAACCCUCCCGGAGCAUCGGAUUGUGGUGCGGAAGUUUGUGUAGUGUUUCGGUAGCGUAGCGCGGCGGAAGUUAGCGACGGUGGCGAGGCUGAAGUUGAGCGAUGCGGCCAUUAAUGGAGAAGUUAGUUUCAGUCUGGUUUUGAAAGGUGGUUAUUCAGUUCCGGAGGACGUUAUCCGAAAUUCCCAAAUUCCAAAUGAAUUUUCACCCCCUCUGUGCGUACCUUUCUCCAUUGACGAUUGACGACAUCUUUUUGGACUCCUGUUGGUAGGCAUCGGCUACACCAAAAUCCUUAGCUUGUUAGUAGACGCCAUUAACGACUCCAAAAGCUCUAUUGGAAGGCACCAUUGACGACUCCAAAAGCUUGGUUGGUAGACUUACUGACGACUCCAAAAGCUCUGUCGGUGGACACCAUUGACGACGGAAGAAGAGAGUGAUAAAAGAGGUGCUCAGGAAUUGCAAACAUUGGCAUAGAAUGCAUGGGAUUGAUGAUGCACAAAUAGUUUCAAAUUUAGCUUUACCAAUGGUAGAACAAAGUGUUGAGCAUGCCCAAUCAGAAUUUGAAUUAGAUGGGGGUGUGGUUACCCAACCAGAAUGUAUUUCACAUGCCGCUCAGGUUGAUCGAGAGGAUGAUGAUUUAGUAGAUGAACUACAAGAAGAAGGUGAUGAUAAGGAUGAUGAAGAAGAGGGAUUAGUUGGUGAGGAUUACAACUUUGUUGAUGUUGUUAGUGCAGAUUUUGAGUGGGCUAGAGUUGAUGCUGAAAGUGAGGAUGUAGGAAUGGGUGAGAAUGAGCAAGUACAAAGUGAUUAUUAUGACUCCGAUGAUCCCCCGAGUUAUCAAUCUGAAAAGGAUGAUGUAGAAGUAUCAUUUGAACAAUCCAACAAGGCAAAGAAUAGAUUCAAACAUCCUUCUUACAAUCCUAAUGUUGAGACAGAUGAACUAGAUGUGGGUACCUUGUAUGAUGAUGCAAAACAAUUCAAGAAAGCCAUGAUUAAUUAUGCAGUUUAUUCGAAGAGAGAUAUUCACUUUGUGCACAACGAGCCCAAGCGAGUAACUGUACAAUGUGUAAAAUCCUGUCCAUUUCACUGUCAUGGUUCGUGGGAAGAAAGGUUCAUGUGUUUUCAGCUGAAAACACUUGAACCUGAGCAUAAAUGCAAUCAAAAAUAUACCCUGGGAAUUGUGAGCCAAAAGUGGAUUGAAGACAGGUAUGAGGACAAGAUAAGAGAUGAUCUUACCAUUGGACAUAUGGAACUAAAAAAACAUAUCCGAUCAGAAUUGAAUCUUAAUGUUGAGGGUUCAUAG